AUGGCAACGAAGGAAGAAGAUAAGGUAAAACAAAAAUCUAGAACCAUUUUCCAUGUACUAGAUCUUGCUGGUGCUUCCGACUAUGUUAGAAGACUUCGCCAACACUGUACUCUCAUACAUGACGUGCAUGCGACGGUGAUGAUAAACAUGAAAAAGUACAGCUCUAUACAUACAUUUGAGAGCACCUCGGAAGGCACAACAACACCAGGGCUUAACUCAGACAUAGACACAAUGAUGUGCUUUCGAAUGUUUCCUGUAUAUGAAAAUAGUGAAGAUGCAAAACAUCACAUGACACAAAUGAGAAGCCCGGGCAAUUUGCAAGAAGGCGAAAAUACACACCAUAUUGUGAUGCUGGUUGAUGAUCAUACACCAGUUGGAUUCAGUAAACUUGAAUUUGUGAAAAAUACUAAUCUCCAAUUGCCAUUCAUCUUAGAACAAGACAGCUAUGGAAAAACAGUUUUAGAUAACAUCUGUAUAGUAGAGGCUUUGACUGGAGACGAACGUAAUGGUCCGGCUGCCACGAUCCUUAAACGGCCAGGAUACACUGACAUAGAUCAUAUACCAUCGUUUCACUGUAAAACGUGGCCUGCAGUUGCAGAUGAAUUCUUCACCCGAAACAGAAUGUUUGAAUUUCCCGGUCAAAACAUACGGGCUGAAUUUGGCAAUCUUGGUAUCUUCUUUGUGCCGACUGGACAUGGGGAUUCGCAAGAAAAACAUCUUCAAUGGCGACUCUCUUUUUCCCUGCAAGAACGGAAGAUAAUGCUGAAUCUCAAUGAAACACAACACAAAUGCUAUGUUCUGUUGAAGAUGACGAAAGAAGAUUUCGUGAAACCAAACGUGUCGGGAAAAUCCUUGACAUCAUAUCAAUGCAAAACAAGCAUGUUCUUUGAGAUGGAAAAUUCUCCAGAUUCUUUCUGGAUACCAGAGAAUUUGAUCUAUUGUUACAUUAAUUGUUUAAAGAGGCUACGUGGCUGGAUACAGAAUGGGUUUGUACCAAGUUAUUUUAUGCCAGACGUGAACAUAUGGAAGGGAGAUAUGACCGUGCAAAACAAGGUUGUAAAAGUACUCGAAGACGUUUUAGAAUCCCCUUUAGACACACUGAUGCAGCUGAGAUGCGACAAAGUUGGAAGUUUACUCAAUGACAUGGUUGAUUACAACCUAGACGAAGCAGAUGUACCAGAUAAUGAUUUCAGCACUGAUUUGACUCAGGCUGACAGGGCGCUGCAAUUAGCUGUACACGCGCUUCAUUACUGCUUCAUCGUGGAAACGGUGGAAAUUGCAGGAAAAUUGAUUAGUGAGAAUAGAGGUAAUGUCGAUGCAAACAUCACACAUCGCGAAAAGCUGAUUGAAAUGUUGAAUGAUAAGGAUUCACUUUGUGACCAAACUUUACAGUCAAAUACCGUGGUGAACCAAGCCGUCGACUAUCUGGUCCCGUUUAUUUACACAAGCCUGGGAUCGCACUUGAUUGUAAAAGGAAUUCAAGAAUCUAGUGAUAUCUUCAAAAAUCAGGGCCUCGGAUACUUGAAACGUGGAUUAGAAUCAGGUUUGAAGAGUUUUUCUGAUAUGGAGUGGUAUUUCAAAUCAUGCAUAAAAGGCCAGUCUUGA